AUCAGAUAGCCCUGCAUGCGGAUUUCUGUCAAGUGCGGCCAGUUUUGUUUAUGGAGAAAGGAAAAGGAAAGUAAACACAUGUUUAAUUUCAUCGAACAGAGAAGCGAUUCUCGUCACACCUGCUAUUUUUAUAUACGCUGAGUCGGCCAAGUUGUUUAGGUUAAGAUGUACCCGACCUCCUGCGACACAUUUGUAGCCCUGCCUCCAUCCACGGAGGGUCAGCGGAUAGUCUUCGGGAAGAACUCCGACAGACCCUGCGAUGAAGUUCAAGAGGUGGUCCACUUCCCCGCCAAAACGCAUGAACCGGACGAGAAAGUGGAGUGUACAUACAUACAGAUAGAGCAGGUGGCUCAGACGUAUGCCGUGGUUCUGAGUCGUCCCGCCUGGCUGUGGGGGGCGGAGAUGGGGGCAAACGAGCAUCAGGUGUGCAUCGGGAAUGAGGCGGUGUGGGGGAAAGAGAGCGUGGACGGCGAAGAGGCUCUCCUGGGCAUGGAUCUCGUCAGGCUGGCUCUGGAGAGGGCAGACACCGCUCAGCGGGCUGUAGACGUCAUAACAGAUCUGCUGAAGAACCACGGCCAGGGAGGGAACUGUAUGGAGGACCAGUGUGGAUUCAACUACCACAACAGCUUCCUCAUAUCAGACCGCACGGAGGCCUGGGUGCUGGAGACUGCUGGGAAAUACUGGGCGGCAGAGAGAGUGGAGGCGGGCUAUCGAAACAUCUCCAACGAGUACUCCAUCACUACUAAGAUCGAUAGGGAGCACCCGGAGUUGAGGACGUAUGCGGAGAAGCAGCGCUGGUGGAACGGAAAGACUGAGUUCAACUUUGCUAAGGUUUACUCCUACUCCAACACAGCCCGGAUCGAGGCCGCAGAGGGACGCUACUGUGAGGGACGCAAGCUCCUGCAGAAGAGCUCAGGCCACAUCACAGCGGAGAAGAUGAUGGAGAUUUUGAGGGAUAAGGAAAGCGGUAUCAACAUGGAGGGGAUGUUCAUGACCACAGGAAGUAUGGUGUCUGUAGUCCCGAAAGACCAGAAUUUACCCGGCGUCCACUUCUUCACGGCUACUCCAGACCCCGAGCGGUCCGUCUUCAAGCCGUUUGUUUUCGUAGUGGAUAUAAAGCAGCUGAAGCACACGUGUUCUCCGUGUUUUGGAGACGAGGAUCCGGUGAAGAAGAAACCUCGUUUCCAGAGCAAACCCAACCGCAAACACCCCCUGUUUCUGAAGCACGAGGUGGCCGCCGCCGUCAUCGACAGCAACGGGGAGAGAGGACAGAAGAUCUUGGAGGAAUUGAGAGCGCUGGAGACGCAGAAGUUGGCAGAGAUGGAGAAAUAUCUAACGGCGGGGAUUGAAGAUGCUACGCUGCUGGUUCAUCUCUUCACAGACACCGCUGAAGAGGAGUUCAGGGUUUACAGCAACGCCUGAGGCUUAGGUCACGGGCUGUUGGGCGUUUCUUCAACGGAGGGCACUUUUGAACCCUUAGUUUCACUAAAUUGCAGAUUGAUUGGCGUGGAAGCAUAAUAAAAAUAUUCAGCUCACGUGUGAUUACAUCAUAUGCCUUGAAAUAUAAUUCGCUAAUUGUAUUCAGUGCUGAACUCUAAAAGUCCUUUUUUAUCCAAUAUAAUCAUAAUUCAUGUCAUUCCUCGUGGUCUUAUAAUAUUAUAAUGAUUCUAAUUAUAAUAAGGUCCCAUUUAGUGCAUUAAUGUAAUUUAUUGUUUGCAUUGUUAGUAAAUACAUUGUUUGUAAGUUCAUGACAGCAUUAAAUUAAAAUGGGUCUUUUUAUUCAGCAUACGUAGUAAACCUAUGUUAACAAAUUGUAAAGUCUUAAUAAAUUUUGUGCAUCUGAGAACUAAAAUCUAUAUAGAAACAUCUUAAAAUAUAUAUAUAUAUAUAUAUAUAUAUAUAUAUAUAUAUAUAUAUAUAUAUAUAUAUAUAUAUAUAUAUAUAUAAACGAAUGCAUGGUUAACAAAAUCCAAGACAGCUUCAUGUUUAAAGACCGCUCAAGCCCUCAGACGCCAAAGUUCCCAAAGUUGAAUAAACAGCCCUGUACUGCCAUCAAGAGCUAGCUGGAGAUGUCCUAUUAUUUAGACACUUACUGUAUGUUUGGAUAUCAUUUGAGAUGAUUGUACAGAAGGCUGCAUGCAUUUGAACCUGUUAAUGGUUUAGUCCAGGGGUCAUCAAGCUUCAACACACCUGCCUGGAAGGUUCAAGUAUACAGAGCAACACCGUGAUUAACUGCUUCAGGUGUGUUUGAUUAGGAAGGGAGCUAAACUCUUCAGAAACACCGCCCUUGGUGACCCCUGGUUUAGUCUCUAAUUGUUCUCAUUACUGAAAUGUACAGUUUAUGUCAUGGAUUGUUGUGUCAUGAAAUCCGGUGUCAAUUCCAGUCAUUUUAAUGUCUCUAUGAUGCACAGAAAUCCUAUGCACUCAACAAACACUUAAAGCUAGCUAAUUUAUCACUUUAAGAAAUGUUUCAUUUUGUGAACAGUUCACCGCUCUAGACCUAUUGUAUUGUCGAAGCACCUUUUGAUUUUAUUAAACUAUUCAGUCUUUUGGGGGGUGAGUCUAUCAGCGUUACACACCAAUAUGUUCCCUCUUUGCAAAAACACUCCAAAUCUGUCAGAUAGCGAGGGCAUGUCCUGUCCCUCACAUUUUCAGGAUUCAGGUCUGGGAUGUGGCUGUGUCCUUACGUAACCUCAGUCUCGUUUCCAGCUGAAUAAACAGCCUCAAAGUGUGACGUCCCCCCCAUCGUUGCUUCGCUGUGGUUAUGGUGUUCCUUUGGUUACGUGCAGUGUUGUUUUUUUAGGCCAUAACACAUUUUCCCACACGCUUUUGGGAGACGUAUAAUGCGUUUCUGCAAAAUGUAGCUAAGUUUAGAUGUUUUUCUUACCACCAUCUCGGCCCAGACAUGUAAAGAAUAUGGGAGAUUGUUGACACAUAUACUACAUAAACAGUACUUUCCAAAAA